AUGUUGAGACGACACUCGAAAAUUCACAAUAAGGACCAACAGCAUCAGUGUCCCUAUUGUUCAUCGAAGUUCGCGCAGUUUUAUAAAUUGGAAAUCCACAUCCGCACUCACACUGGCGAAAAGCCAUACCAGUGUAAAGUCUGUGAUAAAGCCUUCCAUUCAUCAGGCAUACUAACACAACAUUCGAAAAUUCACAAUAAGCGCACAAAGCAUCAGUGUCCUCAUUGCCCUUCAAAGUUUGCCCGUUUAUUUGACCUCAACAUUCACCUACGCACUCACACCGGCGAAAAGCCAUACCAGUGUAAAGUCUGUGACAAAUCCUUCCAUUCAGCAGGCUAUCUGGCAAAACAUUCGAAAAUUCACAAUAAGGACAAAUAUCACCGGUGUCCUCAUUGUUCAUCAACGUUCGCACAGUUAUCUUCUCUAAAGUAUCACAUCAAUACUCACACCGGCGAAAAGCCAUACCAGUGUAAAGUCUGUGAUAAAGCGUUCAGAGCACCAGGCGAUUUGGCAGAACAUUCGAAAAUUCACAAUAAGGACCAACAGCGUCAGUGUCCUCAUUGUUCAUUAAAGUUCGCAUACUUGUCUAAUCUCAAGAUUCAUAUCCGAAUUCACACUGGUGAAAAGCCAUACCAGUGUGAAGUUUGUGGUAAAGCCUUCCGUUCAUCAUCAUUACUGGCACAACAUUCGAAAUCUCACAAGGACCACACAAAGGACCACACAAAGGACCAUCAGUGUCCUCAUUGUUCAUCAAGGUUCAGACAGUUAUCUGGUCUACAGUAUCACAUCCGCAUUCACACCGGCGAAAAGCCAUACCAGUGUAAAGUCUGUGACAAAGCGUUCGCACAGUUAUCUACUCUUAAGUAUCACAUCCGCAUUCACACCGGCGAAAAGCCAUACCAGUGUAAAGUCUGUGACACGGCCUUCCGUUCAUCAAGCAUACUAACACGACAUUCGAAAAUUCACAAUAAUGGUCAGAAAGAUUAA